AUGGGCAAUGUGAACCAAACCAGAACAUCUGGAUUUGUCCUCCUUGGGUUGUUCACCAAAACAGGAAAUCGAGGAAUCCUAUUUUCUUUCUUUCUCUCCAUUUAUGUGCUCAUCCUCCUUGGAAAUUUGAUGAUCAUCCUGCUCAUCAGAACUGACUCUCGCCUCUUCCAUACUCCCAUGUACUUCUUUCUCAGUCACCUUUCCCUGGCAGAUCUUGGCUUUGCUUCUACCACUGUGCCCAAAGCUUUGGAGAACUUAUUAUCACCCACAAAGGCUAUCACCUAUUGGGGCUGUCUCACCCAAAUGUACUUCUUUGUGGCCUUUGGCAUCACAGACAGCUUUCUACUUGCUUCCAUGGCAUAUGAUCGCUAUGUGGCCAUUUGCCACCCAUUGCGUUAUUCUGUCCUCAUGAGUAACAAGCGCUGCCUCAUGCUGGUAAUGAGUUCCUGGCUGCUGGCUCAUCUCCACUCACUGGUCCAUGUUCUCUUGAUGGCUCGGCUCUCCUUUUGUGCCUCCAGGGAGAUCCCACACUUUUUUUGUGAUGUUCAGCCUCUCUUGCGUCUCUCUUGCUCCUCUACUCUGCCCAAUGAACUCCUGGCUUUCACAGAGGGUUCCUUGAUCAUUAUGGGUCCUUUCCUCUUUAUUGUAGUUUCAUAUAUACUCAUCCUGGUAGCCAUCUUGAAGAUGCCAUCAGCUGCUGGGAAGUGUAAGGCUUUCUCAACAUGUGGCUCUCACUUGGGGGCAGUCUCCCUGUUCUAUGGUACUGUGAUUGCAGUCUACAUCCGGCCCUCCUCAUCCUACUGCAUCAUGAAGAACCGGGUUGUGGCCAUCCUCUACACCAUGGUCACACCCAUGCUCAACCCUUUCAUCUACAGCCUGAGGAAUGAGGAUGUGAUGGGAGCAAUGAAGAAAAUUUUGAUUAAAGUUUAUUUUUCGAUUAACAGUGAACUUUGUGGUUCCUGA